CUGAUAUUGCUAUCCUCAGAGACAGACCAUAAAUUUCUUGUUUCAUUCUUCUUCCACGAGCUCAACAAGAUCAUCAAACAUCAUGGCUUACUUUUGCCAAAAUGUCUUAAAGAUUGCCGCUUCUUCGAUUGCUGGCCAUAGCAAUUCAGCCCGGUUCGCGGCGUAUCGCCUAUCGUCAACAGCUGUUCCUUCCUAUCAGCACAUCAUCGUUGAGAAACAAGGAGCGAAAACGAAUGUGGGCGUCAUCACGUUGAAUCGACCCAAAGCCCUUAAUGCCCUUUGUGAUGCAUUAAUGCGAGAAGUCAGCACAGCCCUUGACGAACUGGAAAAAGACAAGGAUGUUGGUGCUGUAGUCAUCACUGGUAGCGAGAAGGCUUUCGCUGCUGGUGCUGACAUCAAGGAGAUGGUAAACAACACAUUUUCACAAGUUUACGGAGGAAACUUUCUGAAUCACUGGAACAGAGUAUCUACAUGCAAGAAACCAGUCAUUGCAGCAGUAAAUGGCUAUGCUCUUGGAGGUGGCUGUGAGUUAGCUAUGAUGUGCGAUAUUAUCCUUGCCGGCGAGAAUGCCAAAUUCGGACAACCAGAAAUCGCAAUUGGUACCAUUCCCGGAGCCGGUGGCACCCAACGCUUGAUUCGCAGUGUCGGCAAAUCCAAAGCCAUGGAAAUGUGCCUUACUGGUCUACCCAUCACAGCUCAAGAAGCUGAGAAAUUAGGUCUCGUUAGUCGAGUUCUUCCGCCAAAAGAAUUGGUGGCCGAGGCGAUCAAGAUGGGCGAGAAAAUUGCCUCUCACUCGAAACUGAUUGUGGCCAUGUGCAAGGAGAGCGUCAACCAGGCUUAUGAAACGACUCUUCAAGAGGGUCUCUUGUUCGAGAAGCGUACUUUCCACACUACUUUCGCCACGGCUGACCGGAAAGAAGGUAUGACCGCAUUUGCCGAAAAACGCCCACCAAAUUUCACCGACAGUUAAACUCAUCCGACGGAUGUUCAGCUCCUAUACGCCUCAGUACCGAAAGAUAAUGUUACAAAGUUAAAUUUCUAUGUCGUACCUUUACACAGAUAAAAAUAUGUCCUUUAACACGUCCAUCAAUGGUUUGAAUGGAUUGAAAAUAAAAAAAGGCAGACAAAUCACAAA